AGAGAGAGAGAGAGAGAGAGAGAGAGAGUAUGGAAUGUUGUGAUGUCACUAGCUAAGUCAUACACGAAGGCAAAGGAGGACAGCAGUUCUCAUUCUCCCAAUCUGUAACGCCUGCUGUACACCGUCCGCACCCAGCUCGGGACAAGCUGCUGGCUGCUGCUCAGUGAUGAGCGAGUGUGUGUGGUGAGUGAGUGAGUGACAGGGCUCAGGAGCAGGGCCGGCACCCAGGCGCAGACUCCAUACACUCCAGCGCACCUUUUUUUUUUUUACACAUCUGGCUGUAAAGGAUUGGACACACACACACAGCCAUGUUGCAGCAGAUUCUGAAGGAAAUGUACAUCGACCCGGAUGUGUUGGACGCUCUGAACGAGGAGCAGAAGAAGACAUUGUUCCUGAAGAUGCGACAGGAGCAGGUCCGACGCUGGAAUGAGCGAGAAGAGAAACUGGAACACGAGGAACCACGCAAACCCAAACAGAGGCCAGCUCAAAGUAAGAGUGUGAGUUGGCUGCUGGGCUGCGACGGUGAUGUACAAGUCAUCGUCAUUGGAGAGAUGGACGAGUUCAAGUCCUCCAAGAUCCUCCGCUCGGGGUUUGGCGAGAGAAAAGCUGCUAGUCUUCGUAACAAUUCCCACAACCAGGAAGCAAGUUUGAAGAGUAACCUUGUAAGCCGAACAUCCACAGAACCUGUGCGAUCAGGCAGAGAGAAUCUCCCACCCAAAUCGUUGUCCGGAGUCCAGCUUAAUUUAAGGGAGAACAGUGAAGAAGUGAGGACGCUGCCCCCUCAACAGGUAUCAGCAGGUGAACAAAAGCCUGCAUCUCCUGUUGAGAGUGUUAAAGAGACAGAAGAAGAAGAUGACACCAAUGACCCUGUGGAUGACACACUUUCUCUGUCCUCCAUUUGCUACCGACCUCACCUGAUGUCAUCCAGCGUCUUGCACAGCCUCGCACCCCAGGACACACAACAGAAGACCACACCACUGUCAAUCACAAGCAGGCUAUGCUCAGUUGAAGAUAGCGAGGCUCAUAUUAGCAGAGGGAAAGAUUUCCGUGUGAUGUCCGCCUUUAAACGCACUGAAUCUGGAGUAGGCGGGGAAACCCGCAUGGGGCGUGGCCGUGUGGCUGAGCUGAUGAAGACCUUUAGUGUGUCCAGUGACUCCACCUGCUCACAACCUCCUCCCAGAGCCAACAAACCACCCAUCCCGAAUAAACCCAGCCACUUGCAGCAUCUCCCCUCAAACUCGUUCAGGUAAUCAGCAGAGAUCACAGGACGCUCAAACUGCCUCUCUCAGGAACACUGCUCUAAUUGCACAAGCAACGCAGCAGGAUGAGGGCUUGUAGUAAUUUUUGAAUUACAAUAUUUUGUAUAAUUGUGCACUCGGGAGGCACGAAAAGUGUAAAGUUUUUACACACUUGUUACGGACUGUUUUAUAAUGUUUUCUGUAUUUGUAGGGAUUUCAUUGACUUGUAUCACAGAUCUGUAUUCCAUUCUUAUCCAGAAAUCUGUAUUGGUGUAUUUUGUGUAUUAUAUUCUUACAAAUUGUGCAACAUUGGAGGGGAAUUCCGCAAUAAUAAUAAUUUUCCCACAGUUGAAGCAAUUGGCAAUCUGUGUUAUGAUGAGAGAAAAUGCAGCCUCUCUGCAUGAGCUGCUUUGUGAUUUUCCACGUUUUUGAAAUGGAACAGCCAGCGGGACUAAUGAGAUGAUGCGUGUUGACGGGUUUAUUGAGCAAAAACCGGCAACAUUUCCUGUCUCAAAGCAUGUUACGUUUCCAAAUGCUUUUUCUCCCAUCAUUACUGACAAAUUACUUCAAUUACUUCAGUUUUUGGACAGAAUGUCUCCGUAAAGCCGUGUUGUUUUUUCAUCAGCUUUGCAGUGUGUGAAAGUUUUUUGAAGAUGUUUCUAGAGUUCGUCUAUACCAACACAUUUACCCAGCCAUAAACCAACUCAUUAAGAAAUAUUGAUUACAUGCUUUACAACAAAAAAACAGAGCAAUUAUACACUUUUUCUGCUUAUUGGCUAUUAACUCCUGCAUUUAGAACUUGAACCCGAGAGGACGGAACGUCCCUUCAGCUUUAUAGCAAAUGAAGUGGGAACACACAGCAUUGCUGUUCUGCAGUUACAGAGUGUACCUUCAAGAGGCCGUGCAUGUGCUGAUUCACCAGUACAGAGAGCUAUUUCUUCAGUUUAGGCACCAUCACAUCGGCAAAAUAAGUCAUUUCGCAACAGUCAGCACUACUCACCUGACGUGUGUGUAUACUGCCUCAGACAGACCAUGAAGAGCCGAGCCAUCAGUACGGGUUGAGUACGGCCUCCACGUUCAUUAACGCUGACGAGACCCUUCCUUACAGUGCUCUAUCGCAUGUCUAAGAGGGUUGAUCAAGCACUUCUGGGAGCUGUGGCCUCAAAUUGCAUUUUUAAAUAAAGAAUCUUAAAAGGUUCUUGAUGCUAGUCUGGGAUUUCUGAAUGAAAUGGGCACUUAUCAGCCUGGACCAUGUCAAGAUGGUACCUUAAAUAAAGCUCAGUGAUAAACACAACAUUGCAAAUGUUUUGUGGUAAACAUUGCAGCAUUGCAAAUCCCUGGCAUGGUGCACAAAAGAUCCAUGUAAUCCAUCAAAGAUACGAAAUUAUACAUUAGACAUUUUAUUGGUUUAUUUGUAGAAAAUAUAAGGGAGAGCUGACAGAAGUGUAACUUUUUGGGUUGAAUUACUCAACAAUUCUUUCAGUUACAGACAUACUUACAUACCAACAUACAUCUUAAAUCACUACUGUGUGAUACAGUCUGUACAGUAUUAAGUCAUUAUAAAUGACGUCCAUUACAGAUCAAUCACCCAUUUAAAGACGUAUUGCAAUUGCUUGAUGAUGCAGAGCUCAAAAAUACAUUAUCUUUUUAUUUUUAUUUGUUUUCCAUUUCAGUUGUUUUGUUGUUGUUGUUGUUAAAUGAUUGUAACCGUUAUUACUGUACUGUAGAAUAGCCUUACAAGGGUUUAACCAUAAUUCUAUGAUUUGACGUCUUUAUGCCCUCUGCAUCAAUUGCAAUUCAGAUAUCAGUGCAUGCAUCAUUUCUCGCUUAGUGCUGCCACCUUUGAGAGCCUCUGAAGCAAGAUACUGUACAGUUAUAACUUCUGUUACAAUUGUACUGCUGGUCAAACCCAUGAUUUCUCACUAUACUGCAAAAAGAAUCAUCAUGCACGAAAAUUAUGAUAACAAUUAGUGCAAAGUGUACACAACAACACAGAUUUCCUUUUUUUAUAUACUACUUCCAGUUGCAUUUUAUACUUAUCAGACUUUUCACAGAUCUUUCCUGCAAGAGUCAAUGAAUCCCUGUGUUUUUUUUUUUUCAAAGGAACAAUUAAGUGAUGUAUAUGCAUGUAAAGAUGUCACAGAUGCAUGUAUGUGUGUGUGUGUGUUUGUGUAUAUAUAUAUAUACUGUAUAUAUAUAUAUAUAUAUAUAUAUAUAUAUAUAUAUAUAUAUAUAUAUAUAUAUAUAUAUAUAUAUAUAUACAUAGAGAGAGCGACAGAGAGAGAGAGAGAGAGAGAGAGAGAGAGAGAGAGAGAGAGAGAUUAGAGUACAUUAGCAUGGCAGGUCACUAAUUUGACAACCACCGUAUGAUCUUAUUAUGAUGAUUAGUAUGGUCUUGAAACCAUAUUAAUUGCACCAUCAAGACCAGCUUUACCAGCAUUUGGUAGUCAACCAUCAUGGCCAUUAAGAUUUACUGCCUCCUUGGUUUGCAGCAUGAAUCCCAUGCUGGUCCAAAGAAAUCAGGGAAUCGAUAAUCUUUAAUGGCCAUCCUAUUUGAUGCCCAGUUUGGACCACCAUGCUGGUCUUAACUGUUUUGUUGUUGUUAUUGUUGUUGUUAGCAUGGUGGUACUUUAUACCAUGAAGAUCUUCAGAGGUUCAAAUUUUGAAAAUCCUUUACUGCAUGACACCAACAGCUGUUUAACAUACAGUAUAGAGUGCAAGAGCUGUAUUGUUUUGUGCCUUAUUCUCUUUUGUUCAAUGCAAUCCUGUCUGUGUACAAUGUUAACCUACGUUCUACCUACAUAUGGCAAGCCAAGCUCAUUUUCUUCUAUCUUUUAGAAUCGAAUCAUUCGCCAUUCAGAUGUCAGCCAUCUUUGAUAUGCUCCCCCAACAUUACUAGUUUACUGUGGGAGUAUAAUAUUUGAUUGCACUUGUUUUUCUGCUGUGUUACGUUUGCACCAUUGAGAGGGUUGUUGUUUAUUGUUUCUAUGGAUUGAUGACUUGAGUGAUUUUGUGCGAGGAGAGUGUUAGAUAUUGUUCCUGUGAGCAAAGCUCACAGUUCAGCAAUAAAAUGAUCAGAAUCCCCCAA